CCUUUCAAUAUGUUAAGGGGUACUUUGCACUUUAAAGUGUAGACUGAAUGUGCUGCAUUUUAUUUCUUCUUUUUUUUAAUGUUCACACAAACCACUAGGUAUAAUUGCAGGCAUGACCAUGUCUGAAACAACUCAAACAGAGCUGGGAAGUUGAUUUCCUCAUUUUUAAAUGAGGAAGGGAAGCCUAAUCAGGAAGUUGAGCUUUCCUGUGACACCGCAACAUGCACACUUCUUCCCCCCCUUUUGACAAGAACAGAUGAGUCCACGUGUGCUUACUGUGUGCAUACAUGGGCACACCAUGAGAUGAUGCACUGUCCAUGGGCUGCCAGGUACUUGUGCGUACUUUAUGAAUGUAGCCGUGGCUUGUGUCAAGCCCUCCGUGCGGGAAUCAUUGCACAGGCCAGACUUGUAUUCAGCCAGGGGGUGUCAGUAAAAAGAAACCUGAUAGGACGUAGCAGUUGCUCAGAGCAGGAGCAGCUGGCCGUCAACGUGACUACAGCCAUCGAAUCGCUGUUGGAAACAGUUGCCCUCCACCACUACCUAAUCCGUUCACACCACGAAGGGGAGUCGGAUCCACGCUCGCGCUAGUGCCAAGGGACCGCUUUUGUCCUCGCUCUUCCUCAGACGGUACUCACUCAGUAAGUGGGCUGCAACAGCAGCAAUCGGUGUUAUAUUUGGGCUCCUUGCAGAAGGAAAUAUGAUGCGCCAGGACAGUGCGGAGCCGUCCAUGCUGUCGGGGAGGGGGUCCCUCAGGGGCCGCGCUCCGCCGGCAGUGCAGGAGUCGCCGUUGGCGCUGGCAAGCGGGCGCUGUUGUCGGGGCUCGUUGUCAUGCGUUGCCCCUGAGCUCGGCGACGCCCCCCUCGGUGGUGUGCCGGCAGGAUGCCGGUGCAGGCGGCCCAGUGGACAGAGUUCCUGUCCUGUCCCAUCUGCUACAAUGAAUUUGACAGCAGCGGCCAUCAGCCCAUCAGCCUGGGCUGCUCCCACACGGUGUGCAAGACCUGCCUGCACAAGCUGCACCGCAAGGCCUGCCCCUUCGAUCAGACGCCAAUCAGCACUGACAUCGACCUGCUGCCGGUCAACUGUGCCUUGCUGCAGCUGGUCGGAGCUCAGGUCCCGGACGUGCAACAGGUGAGCCUGAGCAGCGCAGCCGAAGUUGAGAACUACGAGGUGUGCAAGGUGUGCGUGGAAGAGCUGGCUGUCUACCUAAAACCCAUCAGCGGCGCCAAAGGUGUUGCGACUCUCAGUCCCAGCGUGCUGAGUCGGCCCAUGCAGAGGAAGCUGGUGACCUUGGUGAACUGCCAGCUGGUGGAGGAAGAGGGCCGCGUGCGGGCGGUGCGGGCGGGCCGCUCGCUGGGGGAACGAACCGUGACCGAGCUCAUCCUGCAGCACCAGAACCCCCAGCAGCUCUCUGCCAACCUGUGGGCAGCGGUGAGGGCGCGGGGCUGCCAGUUCCUGGGACCCGCUAUGCAAGAAGAUGCUCUGAAGCUAGUUUUACUGGCUCUGGAGGACGGCUCAGCUUUGUCCAGGAAGGUGUUGGUUUUGUUCGUGGUCCAAAAGCUCGAGGCUCGGUUCCCCCAGGCCUCCAAAACCAGCAUAGGGCACGUGGUGCAGCUUCUCUACAGGGCCUCCUGCUUCAAGGUCACUAAGCGGGAUGAAGACUCCUCACUGAUGCAGCUCAAAGAAGAGUUUCGAACGUAUGAGGCUCUCCGGAGGGAACACGAUGCUCAGAUCGUCCACAUCGCCAUGGAGGCGGGCCUACGGAUCUCCCCUGAGCAGUGGUCUUCUCUGUUGUACGGCGACCUGGUCCACAAGUCACAUAUGCAGUCCAUUAUUGACAAGCUGCAGUCUCCAGAGUCGUUCGCAAAGAGCGUCCAGGAGCUAACGAUUGUCCUGCAGAGGACGGGAGACCCGGCCAACCUCACAAGCCUGAGGCCGCAUCUUGAGCUGCUCGCCAACUUGGACCACAACGCAGAUGCCCCGGCACCAUCAUGGGAGGAGCUGGAAAGCGUGAUGCUGGCUGUGAAGUUGGUGGUUCAUGGACUCGUGGAAUUUAUACAGAACUUCAGCAAGAAGAGCCACGAUGCUCCGCAGCCUCAGGCCAACAGCAAGUACAAGACCAGCAUGUGUCGAGAUCUUCGUCAGCAAGGAGGCUGCCCGAGAGGAACCAACUGUACCUUUGCACACACACAGGAUGAGCUUGAGAAGUUUAGACUGAGAAACAAGAAGAGCAGCAGCGUGGGCCGGGCAUUCCCGUUAGCCCCGGGGGUUAUGGGUAAAACCUUCACCAUGGAGGGCAGCAUCCACACAGACGCGUGUACAGAAAUGGGGCAGGGGCUCCAAGGCACAGGGGAGAACACAGACUCCAUGACGGAGGCAGUGCCCGACCUGACUCACCCCCAACUGAUCCCCAGGGGGGCCGACAUGAUGGAGGACAUGAGUAGAGCGCUGCCGAAUGUAUCCAACGGGUUCAACGGCAUGUCUACCCGAAACACGGGGUCAACCGAACAGAAGCCCGUCUCCCCUCCCAGGACACCGGUCAGCCACUCCUCAGCGUCAUCUCCCCUGACAACAGUCGGGCGGGGCGAUGUGUGCGCUCCUGGUCAGUUCAUAGUGCGUGCACCGCAUCCCUCUCAGGCGUCAGAGCUGUUCUAUCAGGAGUCCCACUCUGCAUAUGACACGCCCCAUUAUCAGCCAGCCUGUUCCUACUACCAAUCUACUCUUCACCCUCCUCACAAACCCUGCAUGGCUCGCUUCCUUCGCUCCUCCAACGUCCCAGAAUCCUCUCUGCCGCCCUCCAUUGGCCCUCUCCCGUCCUCCUACCCCGGCGACCCUCAGGCGCCACACCCCACUUCCUCCUCUUCUUCUGGGUACCCGGCCAGAGAUCGGAUGGGAGGCCCUGCUUUCCAUCACCACCCGGGGCAGCCUCAAUACGGGCCGCUGACUUCUACUCACGGUGUUUACGCUCCCCUCUAUGACAGCAGGAGAGUCUGGAGGCCUCAGCUGUACCACAGAGAGGAUGCCCGGAGUAACUCGCUGCCUCCAGAGGUGCUGCAUUCCUCCGUCUACCAGCCUCCACUCAGGGAGAGAUUCAACUCUCUAGACAGCAACUACUGCUCUGGAGCUGAGCACCGUGCGGGUCUAAACAGGGAUUAUGGCCGCGUUCCUCUUGGCUACGAGGAUCUGUUCAGAAGGAAGCAGGAGCAGUGGGCUCAUCACCACCACCAUCAUAACGCCAACAGGCCCUCCCAGUCGUCCCCCGUCUUCACCAUCGAUUUUGCAACCGAGCAUGUGGAGAGCAGCGGAGGCCCGUGUGUGGGGUGCAGGAUGCGGGGCGAGGAAAGCUUGGCGCACUACUCUCCGUGGUCCUGCGGCCCCAUCGGCUCCUGCCUCAGCCCCUUUGAGCCCGAAGCGCUCGCACACACCUCGGCUCAGUCCUGCUCGGAGCAUUCGGUGAGACUCUUCCCACAUCCGCAAGAGUUGGACAGCGAGGGAGGCGGCGUCAGUCAUGUCGGGAAGCGAUGGCUGCAUUCGUUGGAUCAUUACCGGCGCUUGAAGGAAGAGGAUCCCAUCAUUCCCUUCAGCGAGGGGCCCAUCAUCUCCAAGUGGGGGGCCAUAUCCAGGGCAUCUCGCACGGGCUACCACACCACCGACCCCAUCCAAGCCAGGGCCUGCCAGGGCAGCGCCAGUACUACACCCAUCAGCUUCAAAGAUUACAGCCACCACUUGGAUCACAGCGACUACAGGUGGAGCCCCAGAGGGUCAGACUCCUCCAGUCACUCCAGUUUCCUAGAGAGUGAGCAGCUCUGUGCCUCCGCGCUUCACUGCCGCCGGACUUCGUUGAGCAGCGGGGAGAAAACGACGUCUGAUCGGCAAGCCCCUCCCACUGUCGCCUGUAGCCGGGGCCGGGACAGGGCCGAAAGCGAACCGGACCCGGAGCGAGACAUUGAGCUCGAACUGUGCGCUUUUGACUUGGAGGACUCAGACUGCCACGAGAUCAAGUCUCAGGAGUCUUUAGACGUGGCCCCGCCGCAGUCUCAGGAUGCCUCCCACCUCCUCCCACCACUCUGCUCCUCUGCCCUCCUCUCCUCUCCAGUGGAGGAGUAUCCCAACACAGAGGGCCCUCUGACGGAAAAGAUGGACGCUCACCUGCUGAAAAAGAUGGCCCUCAGGCGGUCUCUGUCUCCCGGAGGGUUGGUGUCAGGUGGUCUGUCCGUCGGCAGGCUGGUGCUGCGUGCCGGUCCUCAGCGACCGGGGGACGCCGCGGCGCGGGCUCGUCCGGAAGCGCCCGGGACCGAAAUGCUGCUCAACGGAAGCUAAAGGGGGAACACAAAGUCAGAAUCUAAGUGAGAGCCGAGUCGCUUGCUCGCACCUCGCCAAUCUACAGCUGCACACGGAAUUUAGGAAUUCAGUGUUUAACCCCAAAACACACACGACCCGUUCACGCUAACAGUAGACGCUGAACUUGACCUGACAUCGUAGCCGUCUGGUUUACACAUUGUUUAGUUUGUUGUCAUUCAACCAAACGCUUAUUUGGGAGAAAAGCUUUUCAUGCCACUUUUGAAGUAUAUUUUACUGUUUUUUUUUAUUUUUCAUAAUCUUUUCCUCUAGUCGUUCUUUUUUUAGAAAGACUAAGAUGCCAACAGACCAAAUUUCGUCUCUGCCCCAGCACGGUUGUGGUUGAGCACGCUGGAUAUUAAGUAAAAGUACAGGAAUAUUUUUUAUAAUGUGAUGAAUAUGAAUAUGAUACAUUUAAUAUAUGUAAUUGCUCUCUAGUUUGUGUCUGUUUACACCAAGGCAGGUGAAAGUUUAAAGACACGUAGCUAUCCAAAGCACUCCUAACAUCCUAGAAAUAUAAAAACUGCAGAAAACACAGUGUCAUGUUAUUCUCUGGAUUCCUUUGACUUUCAUGAGAUGACAGAAGCCAACGGCUAAGUAAUUAAAACCAUUAGUCUGUGAUAAAUGAUCACUGGGCAACAAAUGGUCACUGAAGUACAGGAGGGAUGACAACAAAACUAAGAUGUUAAUUCAGUAGAUUUCUACACCAGCCACUUGAACUCACAAUCGAUCUCAAAAGCGUUUCUCUCAUCUUUGUGUGCCUGCAGUGGCUCUUCUGUUUAAUCCUCCUGACAGUUAUAAGCUAUAGGGACACUCUCACUGGUCUCUCUCUGACACACACACACACACACACACACACACACACACACACACACACACACACUCUCACCAACCCACAGAAGAUACACACACGCAAGACAGUGGCCUUCCUCUUCUUCGUCUUAAACAGACCUAAACAUUGAUCUCGGAUCAAUGACUUGUGUCCAAGUCCACUGACGGACGGGCGGUCCUUUUUCUGAGGGGUUCUUUUUCAUGUAAACCUGAUCUCAGAAACUGGAAAUCACAUUUUUGUAAGCUCGCGGCAUUUUCUGUGCUUUCCAGUCUGUUCACGUCUACGUACAGUGUCAACAACAGCGGGGGGUCGUGCAUGAUGUUUCAGGUUGAAGCUUACACAAGUGAGGGACACCACUUCUUGUGUUUUGUCUUUCUUUCUUUCUUUUUUGAAAAUGUUUGGUUUCUCUUAUUUGAUGCUUUGCUAACUUCUGUGAAGUUGUAUGUCGGGGUAUUUUGUAUCAGGAUCUGUGUUACUCUUAUUUUGUUUGCUAUAUUUUAGAGACAAAAACUGAAAAAAACUGUCUUGUGGCAUGUCACUACGCUGUCUCGUCCAUGUUCUGCUCUCUGGGGGAUUUUCAUCAGCCCGGCUUUGCUUCACUUCCUUUUAUAGACACAAGGCGUUCUGUCACGUGUGGCUUUGUUUUAAUGACUUAAACAAAAACAGGAACUCAUUUUUAAAUAUAGAGGAUUUAAAAUCAUGAGUUUAUUUAUAUCCUACUAUGAAUCUUAUGAGGUUUGUUUAGAAUGAGAAGAGGAUGGCUGACUUAUAUUUAAAUGUUUACAGCUUCUUCCGUCAUUUCUUCUCAUUUAAGCAACUGCACCUUUUCCAAAAAUGAUCUUCUCAGACAGAUUAUACAUAAAAUCCCAUUUUAGAGGAUGGCAAAUGUGAAGUACAUGUGAAGAUUAUUGAGUAUCAAUUUAGAACUUUAUUUAAUCUGAAUGAUUAUUUAAACAUUUGGCUGUUUAACCUGUUUAGAGUUUCUCUUCCACCCACACGGUAGACAAAGUGAUUCAAAAAUCAAUGUGAUAAUCUUUGGAAAACUCUGUGUUUCGUGUGGAGAUUAAGCUGCUCUACAUCAUAACAUCAGCUCAGCUACCCACCCUCACUCUGCAUCUGUUUACAACUUCCAACUUUGAAGUCACGUGACGUUAAGUGCCAUUUUGUGUACAGUUUAUUCCGUACAUGCAAUUGUCGCACGGCUUUUCAUAAUAUUCAACUGUGAACUGCGUAGUCGAGGUAAGAAGUGAGAUACUUGUUCAGCAGUUCUGCUUUGUUCCACUAGAGGAGGCUGGAUACUGACCCGUCUGAAUCGCUCAGGGAAGACUUAAGUUGCUCAGCUACUUUUUUUACAUCCAUCACUUAAAUAUUCUGUGGAAGAUUUUACUUGAACUUCCUUUGCUUAAGAAAAAACCCGACCCUUUCAUCCAAAGCAUAACAGGUUAGAGAUGAUAUUGUUUACCAAUGUUUACUUUGCCAGUGUUUUCUUUCUCUCUCAGUAUCAUUAUUGGCUUUGCUACUCCUGUUUUAAUGGGAAAGGGCUGGGCACAACUGUACGUAACAGCAGUAUUGUGUGUAUUGAACUAACGUCAAAGUGAUACUCCCUGUUUCCUAUCAAGUGUCUAUAGGGCACUUCUUUAGUGGCCCACUGCACUGAUUCCUACUCCAUCACUGCCAUUGGGUGCACUCUGCCCGCCCCCACCCUCGAGUCCCCCCUUCCCCCCCCCCCCCAUCCUCCCGGGCAUCCCUGCGUCAUGCAUGCGAUAUAGUCUCUCUUGUGAGGGCAAAGGAGUAUUGAUGAUUCUGUAGUUGUGAUACAACACACCCAGCGCUGUAAGAGUUCUGCACAUGCCCACUGUGUGGCCACGUCAAGUGCUGAAGUUUGCUUGCAGCAUUUUACUCAUUUGUUCAUGAAGAUUCAUUCUUGUUUGAUAGGGAUUAUAUUAUUAUUAUUACGAUUAUUAUUGUUACCACCACAUUGGGUUGUUGUUGUGGUAAUUUUCCUCUUCGGUAUAUUCUAAGACAGCUUAUUUGUUUUGAAUUUGAUAAUUUGCUGAAACUGUUUUUUAUUAGACCAGAAAGUGUCUCAUUAUUCUAUAUUAUAUGGGAAAAGCCUAUUUGUUGAUUGUGAACCAUAUGAUAAACUGAUGUUUUCUGACUAUUCAUGUCUGUAUUAGACAAUUUAUUUGCAAAAUCUAUUGUUCGAUUGAAACGUAAAUGAAUUAUUAAGAGAUGGUACACAUCCGUCAUUGUGUACAGUCUGGCACCAUCAUUGGAUGGACUUAAAUAUAGACGCUCAUUUAUACAACCUGUUAUUACCAGAUAUAUUUCAAUGUUUAAGUCUCUGGGGCAGUUUUGUAACGUUUCAGAAUGAGGAAAAACAAAUACCUUCAGAGACAGCAUAUCUAAAAUGUUCCCAUAAUAAAUAAUACUGUUACGUAUUCCAUUUAUUUCCUUGGAAAUAUCACACUGUGAAAGGUUUCCCUUUUACUGUCGUAAACGCAGGACCGGAGUAGGUCGGAUCUACGAUGACAAUGAUUUAUGCGCUGUUGACAAAACCUUUUUGAGAAUUCUUUGACUGACUGACUGAUUCUGUGAAUAUUCUGGUUUGUUUAUCUGUGUUACACUGAUUUGCAGACAGCUUGGCCGAGCAGAAGAUGGAAUUAUGAAAAGGCACAUCAAAUUGCAUGCCACAAUAAACAGCAAAUUACGUUCC